AUGAACAAAUCUAAAAAGCAUUGGUCUUUGGGAUUACUUGAAUCAAUGAAAGAUCCCACAGCUGUUGUUAAAGAAACUGAAAAGAUUGUUGUCAUACGUGAUAAGUAUCCCAAAGCAAAGAUACACUAUCUAGUUUUACCUCAUGAAAAAAUAAAUAGUAUUUAUAAUUUAAAUAAAACACAUAUUGAUCUACUAAAUGAAUUUGGUUCAAUUUUUGAAGCACUUAAAGAAGAUCAUGGAAACUUGGAACUUCGAGCUGGUUUUCACGCUAUUCCUAGCAUGCAAAGACUUCAUAUGCAUGUCAUCAGUCAGGAUAUGAAUUCCACAUGCCUUAAAACUAAAGUUCAUUGGAAUAGUUUCACAACAAAAAUUUUUAUACCUUACAAUGAAUUACUGAAAAAAAUUAAAGAGGAUGGUUAUAUAGAUAGAAUAUCAAGUGAUACACACAAGUCCCUGAUGUCAUUACCACUUAAGUGUAAUCAAUGUAACUUUGAACCAAAAAAUAUGCCUCAACUUAAGCAGCAUUUGUUAAGUCACAUUAAAGAC